GAGAGGUAGAAGUGAAGAGAGGAGGGUAGAGAGAGGAGACCGGAGUAGAGGUGAUCUUGCCCCCAUUAGUGUCAGGACUACAGGAUGAUUAUGGGUUGAGAAGGGAAUGAUGGAAGCAAACAAAGUUCUUCAUUUUGUGCCAUCCGAGGCUCCCCCCUCAGGGAUGGCUAAGAAUGGAUACUUCUAUCAAGAGAUGGAGCAGAGGGAGAGAGAAGAACAUGAGGAAGGGAGCGAGGAGCAAGAGGAGGGCCAGGACUCUCCCAUCCCAUCAGGAGAUGACAUUCAUCUCUACGGCAGCCAGACACACCAAGGAGGGACAGAAUCUGAUGUCCACGGCUGUGUGCUGCUUAACACCUCUCGAAGGUACGUGAAGCUGAUGAACUUCGAGGAGGAAGUGCGAGCUCACAGGGAUCUGGAUGGAUUUCUGGAGAGGGCCAGUAUUCUGCUGCAUGAGGACGAGGCCUCUCUAGACGAUGUGUUAAAGACCAUGCUCCGCCACGUCUCACAGGACCCUCACACCGCUGAGCCCAGCUGCAACUUCGAGGAGAUCAUGAGCUCCCUCUUCACAGAUGCAGGGUCACAGGAAGUCAAUGACAGGUCGCAAAAUUUUGUUUUCUAUGACAACGUGCAUCUAUUGUCAGAGACGCUGCAGUGUGUGACGGCCACAGCCACAGGCAUCCAGUACCAGCAGUCCUGGCUUUGCAUCCUCUGUAAUGUGAAGAACCUGCAGAGGCGGCAUGUGUGUAUCUCACGACUGGAUCGUCCACAGAACUGGGGGGAAAACUGUGCAGAAGUCCGCUAUGUUAUCCUCAUUCUGGCACCAUCAAAGAUGAAAAGCACUAAGACAGCGAUGGAGCUGGGCAGGACCUUCGCCAGCAUGUUCUCGGACAUCUCCUUCAGACAGAAGCUGCUAGAGAGUAAAACCCAAGAGGAGUUCAAAGAGGCACUGCUCAUCCAGAGGUACCACCUGACCGCUGCCAAACGUAAAACCACAGCUGUGGAAGGUGAAGAGACAGACCCACACAGUCAAAAACCACUGAAGUCUGCAGAAUCUGUGUUCUCUCAUCUUGUGUCUCUCUCUCUGCUGUGCAGGGGGCCCUGUUGUAGAGAUUUUUUCAGAGUGGGCAGAGGAAUCUAUGAGGAUCUGUGUCGCCGACUGCCUCUCUACCCGUCUGACUUCACUGAUGGAUUAGUGGGUAAUAACAAAGCCCUGGUCAAGUUCAUGACGACGUCCAUCUUCCUCUACAUCGCUGUGCUGCUUCCCGCCAUUGCUUUUGGCUCACUCAACGAUGAGAGCACUCGGGGCGAGAUUGAUGUUCAGAAGACGAUCAUCGGGCAGAGUAUAGGUGGAAUCAUCUACUCGUUGUGUGCUGGCUCUCCUCUCGUCAUUCCACUGACCACAGCGCCCAUCGCUAUUUUCAUCAGCGUGAUCAGGGGGGUCUGUGAUGAUUAUGAACUGGACUUUGCAGCAUUUUAUGCAUGUAUCGGCCUAUGGAACAGCCUCUUCCUCAUCAUAGGAGGAGUCUUCAACCUUAGCCUGCUUGUUAAGCUUUUCAAGAGGUCGAUAGAGGAGGUGAUAGCUUUGUUCAUUUCCAUUGCUUUUGUAGCAGACGCAGUUAAGGGCACCGUCAAGAUCUUUCAUGAGUAUUACCAUGCUCCCACUUUGGCCAAUGGGAGUGCGGCGGAGCUGAAUCGCAUCAGUGGAAGUUUACAUAUAGGGGAACUGAACCUGACAGAGACAGGGCCCGUGUCCCUCCCAGAAUCCUUCAUUCUGUGCACACGGGCACGGCCUCUUCUCUUUCUCCUCCUCAUGCUGGGCACACUGUGGGUGGGAUACACACUGUACCAGUUCAGGAGGAGUCCGUUUCUGCAUGUGAAGAUGAGAGAGAUUCUGUCCGACUGUGCUCUGCCUAUCUCCGUGCUUGUCUUCUCUUAUGUGGGAUCAUACGUCUUCAACGACAUUGCCUUACCAGUGUUUAACUUCCAUGAAGGUCCGGUGUUUCAAAUAGCCCCGCUGGAUAAGCUGACCGGAGCGAGUGUCCUGAGUGCAAUGGGUCUGGGCUUCCUCCUGUUUCUCCUCAUCUUCAUCGACCAGAACAUUGUAGUUUCUCUCACAAAUGCACCUGAAAACAGGUUACUGAAGGGCACGGCGUAUCACUGGGACCUGACUCUGUCUGGCUUGAUUAAUAUUUUGAUGUCUGUGCUGGGCUUGCCGUGGAUGCAUGCUGCAUUCCCGCACUCCACUCUGCACGUCAGACAGCUAGCCAUCGUGGAGGAAAGGGUGGAGGGAGGACACCUCUACGAGACUAUAGUGAGUGUGAAGGAGACGCGGGUGACCUCGCUCGUGGCUAACAUCCUGAUUGGUGUGAGCUUGUUUCUGCUGCCGGUGCCCCUGCAGUGGAUUCCUAAGCCUGUGCUCUAUGGGCUCUUCCUCUACAUCGCUCUCACCUCCAUUGACGGCAAUCAAAUGUGCGACCGCAUGGCUCUGCUACUCAAAGAACAAACGUCCUACCCUCCCACUCACUACAUCCGCAAGGUGCCGCAGAGGAAGAUCCAUUACUUCACUUUCCUUCAGAUGGUGCAGCUGCUUUUUCUGUGUGCGUUUGGGAUGUACCCUCUCCCGUAUAUGAAAAUGAUCUUUCCUCUGCUAAUGUUUAUCCUCAUACCCAUCAGGAACUGUCUAUUGCCCAGGAUCAUUGAGGCUAAGUACCUGGACAUUAUGGAUGCACAGCGCAUGUAAAAGCAUGCACACUGAGCCUCUGAGCAAAGGAUUCUGGGAAUUGUAUUUCUGAUGCCUGUUCAAAACAGAGUAUUAAGACAGACCGCUGUCUGACUGUUUGACUAUUGACCUUGGUCAGUCACUGCUUCUCUCAUGAUCUGAAUAGUACACCAAAGCCCCCUCUCCUCCCCCUCUCUAGUCUAUUCUGAUGUAUCCAUGCAUCACAAACACUUGAUUUAUGAGACGUAGGAAACCAUCACACGUAUUCUCAACAACUGUGCCACGACUAAAUUACACAAGUGUUUACUCCAUCUCCGACCAGUGUUCUCGACACAAAUACAGCUGUUUUUUGAACAAGAGACUGAACUGAAUCUGUAGCAAUACCUCUUAUUUGUUGAUGCGUGCGUGCGCACACACACACACCCAGUGCAAAAACCUCUCGUACAACAAGUAAAAAAGCUGUCAAUGGCAGAUUUUCCAGUGCAUUUUGGUACAUAUCAGUGCAAAUAAGUAAUAAUGAAGUGAGCAUGGACCAAAAGAAUACACUCACGUCUCAUAGCAAUACAGCGGAUUAUUAGAGGCUAUCAAUAUUUUAGAGUUUUCUAAAGAGAGUUUUCCUUCAAGGUAAUGGACUUCUAGUUUGGAUACCCACUGAUGUGUAGAGAAUGUAUCCUAAGCGCUGGGGUUUCAGGGAAAUGGACAAAAUCAAGCAGCAUUUCUGCAGACAUUACUCACUGCUGAAUUAAGCUUUGCACAUCACAAGACACCACAUCUGUGUACCUUCCCCAGUCACACACACACACACACACACACACACAGAAGCAUGAUUAUAAACAAUACCCAAAA